AUGCUUAUCUACCUAAAGGGCUUGGAAAGCCUCCAAGCAUAUGAGUUCUCCCCAGAUACAAAAAUCGAAGAAAUCAUAAGCAGUGCAGAAUGCGACAGUCUUCAAUGGUGCGGACGUGCCUUACGCUCAGAAUUAACCCUUGCAGACUAUGGCAUCACAAGCGAAAGCACUUUAGAAGCUUUAUUAGCCCUAGAAGGAGGUAAGAGAAAGAAGAAAAAGAAAGUUUACACCACCCCAAAGAAAAAGGCCCACAAGAAAAAGAAGGUCAAACUCGCCGUUCUCAAUAUCUAUAAGGUAGACAAGAGCGAAAAAGUCACCAGGACUAAGCGUGCCUGUGAAAAAUGUGGAGCUGGAACAUUCAUGGCAAAGCAUUUCAAUAGACACUACUGUGGAAAAUGCCACGCGACCCAGCUGUUCUCACAAGCCUAA